AUGGCAAAUGACCCAGAUCUCAUGGACCAUCCAAACCUUCCGCAACCUGUUGAAAACAUGCAUAACCCUCAGAAACCUUUUACCAGGCAAAUCCCUCCACGCUCUUUACAUCAAAUCUCUCAUCCCUUCUUCAACUUACCUUUCCAACCACUUCAUCCUUCUCUACGCCAAAUGCGGCCACUUAGCCGCCGCCCACUACGCCUUUCACCAAACCCAAGACCCCAACACAUUCUCUUUCAACGCCAUCAUCGCUGCCUACGCUAAGGAAUCCUUCCCUUUUGUUGCCCAUCAACUGUUUGAUCAAAUCCCUCAACCAGACCUUGUUUCUUAUAACACUCUCAUUUCUGCGUAUGCAGAUUGUGGUAAGACUGAACCUGCAUUGGGGUUGUUUACAAAAAUGAGAGAGUUGGGUUUUGAAAUGGAUGGCUUUACUUUGUCCGGGGUGAUCACGGCUUGUUUAAAUGACUUGUUUUUGCUUAGGCAGUUGCAUUGCUUUCUGGUUUUCGGUGGGUUUGAUUCAUAUGCUUCGGUUAACAAUGCCUUGCUUUCAUGUUAUAGUAAAGAGGGCCUUUUAGAGGAGGCGAAGCGGGUGUUUUAUGGGAUGGGAGAGGGUAAAGAUGAAGUGUCGUGGAAUUCAAUGAUCGUGGCGUAUGGGCAGCAUCAAGAGGGAGCAAAAGCUUUGGCUCUGUUUCAGGAAAUGGUUAGGAUAGGAUUGGUUGUUGAUAUGUUUACUUUGGCCAGUGUUUUGACAGCAUUUACUAGUUUAAAGGACUUGUUAGGAGGGUUUCAAUUUCAUGCUAUGUUGAUUAAGACUGGCUUUCAUCAAAAUGCUCACGUUGGGAGUGGUUUGAUUGAUUUGUAUUCAAAGUGUGGAGGUGGUAUGUCGGAUUGUAGGAAAGUGUUUGAAGAGGUUUCUGGACCGGAUUUGGUUCUUUGGAACACUAUGAUUUCGGGGUAUUCGUUGAAUGAGGAGCUUGCUGAGGAGGCUCUUGAGUGUUUCCAGGAGAUGCAACGUGUUGGUUAUCACCCUGAUGAUUGUAGCUUUGUGAAUGUAAUUAGCGCAUGCUCCAAUUUGUCAUCUCCUUCUCAGGGAAGACAGAUUCAUGCACUAACUAUCAAAUCUGAAAUCCCUAAUCGAAUUCAAGUCCAUAAUGCCCUGGUUGCUAUGUACUCAAAAUGUGGAAAUCUUCAGGAUGCAAGACGGUUGUUUGAUAGGAUGCCAGAGCAUAAUACUGUCUCUUUGAAUUCAAUGAUUGCUGGUUAUGCACAACAUGGAAUUGGGAAGGAGUCAUUACUUCUUUUUGAGCAGAUGCUGGAGCGAAAUAUUUCCCCUACGAGCAUAACCUUCAUUUCUGUUCUCUCAGCAUGUGCUCACACAGGAAAACUUGAGGACGGUCAGAAGUUUUUCAACAUUAUGAAGGAAAAAUUUGGAAUUGAACCAGAAGUGGAACACUAUUCAUGUGUGAUUGAUCUUUUGGGUCGAGCAGGCAAGCUACGUGAAGCUGAGAGGCUUAUAGAGACUAUGCCAUUUAGCCCUGGCUCAAUUGGUUGGGCUGCACUGCUUAGUGCUUCUAAAAUGCACGGAAACAUAGAACUAGCAUCAAAGGCCGCAAACCAGCUUCUUCAGCUGGAACCUUCAAAUGCUGUACCUUAUGUCAUGCUUGCAAAUAUGUAUGCCAGCAGCGGCAAAUGGGAAGAGGUGGCUACAGUUAGAAAGCUUAUGCGAGACAGAGGCGUAAGGAAGAAACCAGGUUGUAGUUGGAUUGAGGUGAAUAAAAGAAUUCAUGUGUUUGUGGCUGAAGAUAUUUCACACCCGAUGAUCAAAGAAAUUUACGAUUACUUGGAGGAGGAGAUGGGGAAGAAGAUGAGGCUAGCUGGCUAUGUUCCCGAUCUGAGAUGGACUUUGGUCAAGGAUGACGAGAUAGAGCCUGGAGAGAAGGAGAUAAGGUUGGGUCAGCAUAGCGAGAAGCUAGCUGUUGCAUUUGGGCUGCUUUCAACGAAAGAUGGGGAGCCUAUUCUUGUGAUUAAAAACCUGAGAAUAUGUGGAGACUGCCAUAAUGCCAUCAAGUUUAUUUCUGCCAUUGCUGGGAGGGAAAUCACUGUAAGGGAUACCCGUCGGUUUCAUUGCUUCAAGGAUGGGAAGUGUUCUUGCGGGGAUUAUUGGUAAUGCUUUUAGACUCGGCUGCCAGUGACCACAAACUCCAAUUCCCUAACCUGUAACUAUCUAUUCAUUGAUUCCUUGUUACGAAUUGUCGGGCCGAUGAUUGUAAAACGUGCGACGACUGAUUUUUAUUAUAGGAAUCCAAAAUAUUUUAUUGAAGGGUUGGA